AUGAAACGUGAUAUUAAUUGUUACCAUGUUAACUGUGGAGUUGUACCAUUAAAACCUACUGCAACAGAGAAAAGAUCAGAAGAUCCGUGUAUUGCUAAUUAUGAUGAAGAGUUUUGUAAAGACUGCACUAAAGAGAGGCUAUUGCAUAGCGACCUGCACCACGGAAGUUCCAGAAGUGUCAGCAUCAAAAGCGAAGGCAAGCCCAUACAUAACAAAGAAAACCAACAAGUAUCAUGGAGACAUGUUGGGACUGCCAUUGAAAUGGACAACGGAAAUGAGGACAGUGGAUACUCUUCUUUGUUGGGCAAUCACCAUGAUACCAGUGAACAUGAUGACAUUUUGGCAGGAAAUAUUAGUGAUACACCAAAUCACAGUUUCAGUCAAAGAAAAAAUUUGCUUCCAGUCCUCCAUUUUGAAGAGCUUGUCUGCUCAACUUUGAAAAAAACAUGUAAAAGAAACCCAAAGGCAUUGGCUGUUGUCUUAGAUAAGAUGGCUUCCAGGCAAAGCAUGGAAUUCACAAAUCUUAUUGGCAAAAAGAUGGGACUAGAUAAGUUGGACAUACUUAGUGAGCUAUUCCAUGGGAUGUUCAGACAUCUAUUAGCAAGCAUCUUAAGACAUCUCAGUUACAUCGACUUGAUCAAUGUGGCUAGAGUGAGCACAACAUGGAAGAAAAUUCUACAGGAUGACAAGUGGGCUUUCCAGAUGUAUAACAAAGCACUAAAAUUUACUUUGAGUAAUAAUGCAAAGUCUUCCAAACAGGCUGAUACAAGGGAAUAUACUCUUCACCGAGAAGCCUUAACUGCUGUUCAGAAAGUAGCAAUUGCACCAAUCAACCUUUCUAAAAAAGCAUCCAGAAUCAAGACAAGCAACCAAAGUAUUCAGAACUCUUCCUCUUUCAGCCGGCACACAUUGUUUUCUGAGGUUGCAAAGACUUUGAAAAAUACUGAAAACCUGAAAGCUUGCCAUCGCUGUGGCUCCCCUGCAAAGUACGAUGCCCAUCUGCAAAGGGCGACAUGCAUCCGCGAAGGCUGUAGUUUCGACUUCUGCACUAAAUGCUUAUGCAGCUACCAUACUGCCAAGGACUGUAUAAGUGGAAAGCCUGUGAAACCAUCCUCCAAACUAGGACCCCUUCCUGGUACCAAAAAAAGCAAGCAGAACUUACGGAGACUAUAAUUUCUGUGGUUUAGGGUGUGGUUAGUGUAACCUAUAGAUUGAUUUUAGACCCCAGAAGAAGAGUGAAUGUGAACGUUCAUUAUAAAAAAAAUUUCAAAAACCAAAUGUAUUUGAGCUUUUUUCAGUGGUUUUUUUAACCACUGAAAAUUCUAAUUUUAAAGAAUUAGAUGUCUUUACCUGCCUUUUUAAAAAAGAUAUUCAGCUGAAUUUAACUUAUCUGUAUGUUUAGUGGAGGAGGGAGAGGUAGCAAACUAGCUUGUCAUUUUGUCAAGCAGUCAGUCAGUGGAAUUUUAUUAAGUUGUGAAAGGGACAGUCAAUUAGUUUUAAGGAAUGAGGUUUGGUUUAAAUAUACUCCCAACUUCAUCCCUUCUAAGAAAUGCUAUGACUUUUUUACAUU